ACAAGCGGACAAUGUUAAUGAUUUCAAAAGAACGUGCCGCAGAGUAAAACUGUGUGUCCGCUGUGACUGCCAGCGUGUGCGCGGAAACGAGUGAAUGGCAUGCCUCGGCGGCGAGUACACAAACGAAGCAUUGGAAUUCCGUUAUAUAUCUUCUGGUGGCAACCAGAAGCAGUAGACCGCGAACCGGUGCACCAAGCAACCCAGCCACCCAACGCAAAAAAAUGUCUCCCAAAUAUUCGCACGCAAUUGUUGCCAGAAUCUCAAAUGCAUUACUGGAGACAGGCGGCUUUGAUGUGCAAUUGGCGAAACAACAGCACGAACAAUAUUGCGCACUAUUGCGCGAAAUUGGAUUGGAUGUCAUUGAGCUGCCGCCGGACGAUGAUCUGCCCGAGGGUGUGUUCGUUGAGAGCAGCGCCGUUGUUUGCAAUGGCGUUGCACUCAUUGGUCGCUCGGGGAACGCAAAGCGACGCCAGGAGGCCGAAAGCAUGGCCAUCAUAUUGAAAAAGGAACUAGACAUUCCAGUCAUCGAAAUCGAUGAUCCCCAUGCCCAAUUGGAUGGCGGUGAUGUCCUCUUCACGGGUCGUGAGUUUUUCAUUGGAAUCUCGGCAUUUACAAAUGAGGAGGGGGCUCGUGCUGUCGCCAUGGCAUAUCCUGAAUAUCCUGUUACACCCAUUCGAGUGAAUGGUGCGAAGCGACUGAAGUACUAUGUAACCAUGGCUGGACCGGAUGUCCUCUGCGUGAGCACGAGUGCCACGUGCCAGGAGAUUGUUAAGCGCAUGGAGCGUGAGGCAAGCUUUACGUAUCAGAAAUUAACAUUGCCCGAGGAGAGUGCCGCCAAUAUGUUAUAUAUCAAUGGCACACUUGUCUACAGAUCACCCGCUGAAAUUCCAGAAGCAUAUAAGACUUUAAAGGAGAAAAUUGACAUUCCAUCGCGUAACAUAAACAUUAGUGAAUUUAGCCAAUAUUCCAGUGGAUUGACAUCCGCGUGUCUCCUGCUGCGACGCUGGAAGUCCAUACGAAGCAUCUGAAUCGGAAUCGAAAUCGGAAACGGAAUCUAAAUGGUUGCAUGAAUAUGAAUACAUAUACAUAUGGAUAUACAUCUAUAUCGAAUAUUUAAUGUUAUUUUGUAUCUAAACACGCACAGGCGCUCGAAAUAAUUGUUAAUCCACAGCAAUAUCAAAUAAUUAAUAUUUGUAUUAAGCAUGCGUAUUGAAAUUUUUUAAACGUUAUUUGUUAAAUUUUAAGUGAUAUGUUAAAAUAUUUAUACAGACACAUAACCCACUCACACACACACACACAUACACACACCUCUUCGCGCACAUUCGUCUAAUCUUAAAUUGUGUCCAACUUCCAACUACUGAAAACAUGUUAACCACUUGAUUGUUCAUUAAAAUUAAAUAGGUAUUUAUAUAUAUGUAUAAAUAUUGUAUUGUCGGACUCUCAAUUGUGCGAAAGUCCAGCUAACGAAUGACCUACGAAUGUAUCUACUUUACAAGUAGCUGUUAAAUGUGUUCAUUGUAUCCAAAAUAAAAAGCAACAAAACAUUUGUAAUUUC